GGCGGGCCGAAAGCGAGGUGGCGGGGGGGCCAAUCAGCGACCGCGGUCGAGGCGGAAGCGAAGGACGUCGGGCCUGCAGGUUGUCAUAGAGACGGGGAGCGGCGGCUGAGAUGACGGUGCACAACCUCUACCUCUUCGACCGCAACGGCGCCUGCCUGCACUACAGCGAGUGGAACCGCAAGAAGCAGGCCGGCAUUUCCAAGGAGGAGGAAUUCAAGCUGAUGUAUGGGAUGCUAUUCUCCAUCCGCUCCUUCGUUAGCAAAAUGAGCCCUGUGGAUAUGAAGGACGGCUUCCUCGCCUUCCAAACCAGCAAGUACAAGCUGCACUACUACGAGACCCCCAGCGGACUCAAGGUGGUGAUGAACACAGACCUGGGAGUGGGCAACAUCCAGGACAUCCUGCACCAGAUCUACAGCUAUAUUUACGUGGAGUACGUGGUCAAAAACCCCCUCUGCAGCUUAAACGAGAGCAUCCAGAGUGAACUUUUCCGGAACAAGCUGGACAGUUUCGUCCGGGCUUUGCCCUUUUUUUCGGCUCGUGCCGGCUAGCUCUCUCUCUCUCUCUCUCUCUCUUUUUUUGGGGGGGGACACUCCCCCCACCCCAAGGACUCCGUGGAGCAUGAACAGUCCAGAAAUAGCACGCCAGCAUCAUCAUUUCCCAUGAUGCUGGCCAUUUGCACCCUUUCAACAAGGAAUUUCCCCUCCGAAGAACUGGAUCUGGAUGUUGCUCCAUCACUGGAUAUCGCUCUUAUUUAUAGCGGAAUAUUCUGAUUUUUCUUUUCUUUUUUUUUUUAAUAAAUCGGAUCUCAGUUAUUUCGGGAUAUUCGGACCACGUUUUUCUUUUUCUCCCCAUUCGGGACUUGUCUUUUGGGGUUUGUCUUUGAGGAGCCGUCGGUCGUCGGUCUCUUCGUUCGACUUUUAAACCGUCACUGAACGGGACGGCCAUGAGCCUGCGUUGAAGGAGGUUGGGAGUUUUUACGCUGCUGUUUUGCUCCUGCUUUGUUGAUUUUUCUUGGGCUUCGAGGCCCCGAAACGGAAAGGAAAAAUAGAAGCGUUUCAGUAGCAGAAGGAAAUGCAGUCUCGCGUCGUCGCUCAGAAAAAUAAAUAUAUAGCCGGGUGA